GUUCCAUUCACCGAAAUACAAGCAGCAGCAGCAGCAGCAGCAGCAGGAGGACGAGGAAACAUGAAGACUUAUUUCAAGCUCUGCGUUCUGGUUGGCUUGGUGGUUGCCGUCCACUCGGUUCCCAUAACACGCCAGGCUAACAGUGAUGAGGCCUUUGCAGAGAGUUACCUGAAGAAGUUCUACAACUUGGCAGAGCCGACUGCACGCCAAGCCAAAACUGGGGCUAAUCAGAUGGCUCAGAAAAUCGCUGAGAUGCAGAAGUUUUUCGGACUUAAUGUGACUGGAAAUCUGGACCCGAAGACAAUGGAGGCUAUGAAGAAGCCCCGCUGUGGUGUUUCAGAUGCUGCUCGUUUCUCAACAUUUGGUACUAGAUGGCCCAGGUUCCAGCUAACGUACAGGAUUGAAAACUACACUCCUGAUAUGUCUCAGGCAGAGGUGGACAAUUCUAUUAUGAGAGCUUUGCAAGUCUGGGCUAACGUCACUCCCCUCAGAUUCACCCGCAUCAACAGUGGCGUGGCGGACAUCAUGAUCUCCUUCAGAAGAGGAGCCCAUGGAGAUAACAGCCCUUUUGAUGGACCAGGUAGAACUCUGGCUCAUGCUUUUUCACCUGCUUCUGGAAUCGGUGGAGAUGCUCAUUUUGAUGAUGAUGAGCGUUUCACCUUCACUUCACCCAAUGGAUUUGUUCUGUUCAUCGUGGCGGCUCAUGAGUUCGGACACUCGCUGGGCCUCAAUCACUCCAACGUCCCCGGGGCUCUCAUGUUCCCGUCAUACAGCUUCAGGAACCCAAACACAUUCGUCCUUCCCAGAGACGACGUCAAUGGAAUCCAGUCUCUCUAUGGCCCCAGGAGAAUCAGCGCCUGAUGACCACUAGACACCUCUGGUGCUAACUGCUGCGCUUAUUAUUUAUAUAGUCAUCAAUUUCUUUAAACUGAGGCCAUGGACCUCUCUAAAGUAAUAAUUUAAUUAUUGAAUCAUUAUAAUUAUCGUUUAUUUUAUUUGAUUAUUUAUGAAUUAGUCAGAUGAUUUACUAAUAAUUUUAGUGUUGUCAUUUUUUGAUUGAUUUUUAAAAGACUGAAUUAUAAAAUAAAAACCUUUGCUGAAAAUAUUUCAUUUCUGAUUCUUCUGUUAUUUUCAGAUAGAACUAGAGGAACUGUGAUUUCAAUACAUUUCAGUACUAACAGUAGAUUGUUGUGGCACAGCUAUAGACAUUGACUCUAUUUAAUUAUUU